GUGGUGCUGUCGCUGUGCCACAGCAUUGACUUCUAGUGGCUAACAGUUUGGCUAACUGAUAGCUGGCUGUUGGAACUCCUCCGGCGCACAGCGGAGUUCCGCCUCGGUGUCACCGACAGACAAACGCUUUGGUUCCCGCUUCCACUGUUAUCCAUCCGGGAUGUCUCUCCUGGAGAAGUCCCCGACCCCCGGCAGGGUGUUGCUGGACGACACGUUGCCACUGACGGCGUUGAUCGAAGCCAGCCAGAACCUUCAGUCCCACACGGAGUACAUCAUCAGAGUCCAGAGGGGCGUGUCUUCAGACAACAGCUGGCAGGUUAUUCGCCGCUACAGCGACUUUGACAUCCUGAACAGCAGCCUGAUGGUGUGUGGAAUCAGUCUGCCGCUUCCUCCAAAGAAGCUGAUCGGAAACAUGGACAGAGAGUUCAUAGCAGAGCGGCAGAGGGGACUGCAGGCCUACCUGGACUCCAUUACCCAGCAUCCCCUGAUCUGCACUUCCCUGUUUGUCAAGAAGUUCCUCGACCCCAACAACUACUCUGCCAACUACACAGAAAUUGCUCUGCAGCAAGUCUCCAUGUUCUUCAGGUCAGACCCAAAGUGGGAGGUCCAGGAGCCCCUCAAAGACAUGGGAUGGAGAAUAAGGAAGAAAUAUUUCCUGGUCAAAAAUAAGGAGCAGCCCAAAGAGCGCUUCCUGCUGAGCUGGGUGGAUCUGGGUCCUGAUAAGUUCCUCUCAGACAAAGACCUGCAGUCGGCCCUGAAGCUGCUCUCCAACCCGUCUACGGCGUAUCUGAGUCCGCUGCUGUUCUCCAGCACCAGCGAGUCUUCGGCUCUGCUCAUCCGGCCCUUCAGUGAAAGAGGCUCCCUCAGGGACCAGAUCUGCAAGGUGAAACCCAGAGAGAGUCACCUGAAGAAGUACUGCAACCCCAAGAAGAGCCAGGGCCUGGAGCUGGAGCAGAUCAAGCUGUUCGGCCGUCAGAUCCUGGAGAGCCUGAAGCUGCUCCACGACAGCGGCCUGUUCUUCGGCCAUCUGCACGCCUCCAACGUCAUGGUGGACGACGGCGUGUGUCGGCUGGUGGAUGUGGAGAACGGCAUGCUGGGAGUUCCCUCUGUCCUGAGGCCAGCCUUCACGCAGCUGAGGAAGAUCAAUACUGCAGAAAGCAUCGACGUGUUCUGCUUCGGGCAUUUACUGUACGAGAUGACGUACGGCCGGCCGCCGGACAGCGUCCCGGUGGACCAGUUCCCGUCCGCCCCCCACGCCGCCGUCGUGUCGGUUCUGCAGUCCAUCCUGUCCACAGACGCCUGCAAGAGCGGCAUGCCGACGGUGCCGGCGCUCAUCCAGACUCCGCUCUUCAGUGACGUUAAGCUCAAACAUUCAGAAAAACUACAGAUUAAGGUUCCCAGCCGCCUGAAGGAGGCGCUGAAGUCGGCAAAGGGAAGUUUGGAGAAGCGGCUGCAUGAAGAGCAGAGGAUGCUGCAUCAGCACCGGCGGCUGACCCGAGCUCAGUCUCACUACGGCUCUGAAGAGGAGAAGAAGAGGAGGAAGAUCCUGGCGAGAAAGAAAUGCAGACAGUCGACGUGUGAGAACGAAGAGGACGUCUCUGUCCGAAACAACAACAACUCUGGUUCAGGAGCCAGUUCACCUCCCACCUGUCCUUCUUCCCCCACCCCUCCUCCCGCUACAGGGUCGACUCCUCCUCCUCCUCCUCCAGCUCCUCCUCUGGCUCCGCCCCCACCCACAGCGCCGGACUCUUCCUCCUCUCCUCCUCCUCCUCCGGGUCGGGCCGCGCUGCUCAGCUCCAUCCAGACCUUCAGCAAAGGCAAGCUGAAGAAGGCCGACACCGCGGACCGCAGCACGCCGCGGUUCUGACCCGAAGCGUUGUCGCGGCAACCGGCCGUCCGCACUGUGCUCGCUCCGUCCCAGAGAUGUGAAAACAAUCACUAAGAGAGAAAACCAGUCCAAGUUCCUUUCAUCUCUUCCUGCUUCUGCUGCCUUUUAACAGUUUUAGUCUGUGGCUGCGAGGAAACGGGUCAGAACUGCACAAUCUCCAGCAGCCGUCGAUCUUUGGCGUUUUUUUGUUUUUAAAACAGCGAGACCUCUGGAUGCUGUUGGGACUUUUCUUUCAGCAAACCAGAGUAAAGUAGCGAUCAAAAAAACGUCCAGAAAUCUGCAGAUUCUCCAUUUCAAAUCCACUCAGUUUUUUUUUUGUUUUUUUUUUGUUUUUUUUUGCGCAUUAAAACCGAAAGGAGUAAAUUCCUCCCAAAUGUUUUCUAUAAUUUACAACAAAAGGUCCACAAUCUUAUAGUAUUAAUUUAUUAAUGAAGUUGUGACUUUAGGAGAAAUAAAGUGAAUAUUUUAUGUGUUGAAUGUCCAAAUUCAGACAUGUGGAUGUCUUCCAGCCGAUGCUGGACUAAAACGACGGAAACAAUCAACCGUACACAACAUUCUCCCUCCAUACAGCCUAUCUGCUCUGAAGUUAACCCUCAGCUGUGUCUGCCAGGCAUAGUUAACCCUCAUCAGUGUCUGUCAGGCGUAGUUAACCCUCAGCUAUGUCUGUCAGGCGUAGUUAACCCUCAGCUAUGUCUGUCAAGCGUAGUUAACCCUCAUCAGUGUCUGUCAGCCAUAGUUAACCUUCAGCAGUGUCUGUCAGGCAUAGCUAACCCUUGUCAGUAUCUGUCAGCCAUAAUUAAUCUUUACUUUGUCUGUGAGGCAUAGUUAACCCUCAGCUGUGUCUGUCAGGCAUAGCUAACCCUCAGUGUCUGCCAGGUGUAGUUAACCCUCAGCAGAGUCUGUCAGGCUUAUUUAACCCUCAGCUGUGUCUGUCAGGCUUAUUUAACCCUCUGCAGUGUCUGUCAGGCUUAUUUAACCCUCUGCAGUGUCUCAGGCUUAUUUAACCCUCAGCAGUGUCUGUCAGGCGUCGUUAACCUCAGCUGUGUCUGUCAGGCACAGCAGGUUGAAUAGAUGAAACUUGACAGGAUGUCCAUUGUGUCCAACAGUUGUUGAAUGUUAAUUUCAGAGCCCAGAAGUCGUUUUUCAUGCAAUUUUGUUAAAAUGUUUUAUUGUUUUUUUGUGCCAUAUGGAUUACAUCGUGCCGAUGGAGAUCUUGAAUGUUUUUUUUUUUAAUUGCAUGUAACAGUUUGGUACAUAAAAGACUUUAUAUUCAGCUCCUGUGGUGAUAACGACGGCCACGUUGGGGACGGGCUUUUUGUUUGAAAUCAAACCAAGUUCUUGCUAGAAUCCUAAAUGAUUUAUUUUGGAUCAGUGCAAUCCAAGCUGGUCCAGAACUGUCUUUAAAUGAUCUCAGAAUGAUCUCUGUGCAGCACUUUAGAGGGUCGGUCCAGAUGACUGUUUUUAUUCACAGAGGCAGCAUUGAGCUGCAUACUCGAAGAGGUUUACUGGAUUUGCAGUUGAUUUUUUUUGAGUAAAUACAUAAACAAAAUUGCUUCAUGUGAAUGAAAACUCGCCUAAAAAAAGGGUUCAGGGAAACAAUGAGUCGUGUAUUGCACAUGCUUGUAUUUGAUUGCACCAUUUAAUGGGGUGAAUUUAAAAUGCUUAAAUAAAAACAGAUUUCUUUACAAUA